AUGAGCGCGUCAAAUCCGAAGGGUUCGCUCCCGGCCUCCUACAGAUUUAAGGAGGUGUAUGUCGAUAUACCUCCGUCGCCGUAUCACACACCCAGGGCGAGCAAACUUUCAAUUGGUCCUAGAACGGGUUCGGCGAUCAUCCCAAGUGUCCGCCUCAAGGAGAACAGCAAUUCUAUGCGUGCCUCUAUGCAGCAGACUCCCGUCUCAAAGCGCAAACUCGAUAACGUACCCUCCGUUGAAAUAUCUAUCCCGAGCGCGAAGAGAACCAAGUUGAGCAGCUCGGCAACUAGUUUGGCUUCGUUGCAAAGCAUGUUACCUGCGCAAAAUCAAGAGAAUACGGCGCCAGGAAAUGUUAGCUCGGAAUUCUACUGCCACCAAUGCAACCGCAAAUACAAUAAAGAAGGUGUCCUCGAUGUCGCGGAGUCUGCAACUGCAGCAGGUGUCGCAAGGCACAAGGUCUGGCUCCACUCGGGUGAGUUGUCGCCUGUGGCUUUCGUGCAGCUUAUCAUAACGCAUGGAAUUAUCAGCAAAAUGGCGCCAGUGGGUGUUAACAACGCCUCUACCGCUGUGGGCCAUGACCUGAGUGGUAAAGAGAAGCAAAUCAAGGCGAAGUCUUCAACUGUUCAAAUAUCAUCUGCUUCUGCGAGUGCAUCGAAAGUCGAGAAGUCAUCUUCGGUCGUCCGAAAACCAAAGCCGAAAGCUCCACCGAGUCUGAAGUGGAAAGCCGUGCCUACCGAUCUAAAUUACGAGCAAGCACUACUACGUUUCGAGAUUCGCGAAUUCGUUCUACGCUUCGGUAUUCUCUUCCCCUUCCCUCUGUCCAAGAGUCACAUGGAGGAACUGAACGCAGUCGAGGGAAAGUACGGUAGCACUGGAGACGAGGAAGAUUACGAGCCUCUGCACGGAUGGGUCAGCGAAGGCUGCAUCAAGUCCAUCAUAUUAGGCCUACUCGGGUUCCUCGUCGAUGAUAAACCUGCAGCUGUUGCCAAGGCUAUCAAGUUGGCCAUGAAGGAUAUUCGUUCCUGCGGUGCCAAUCUAAGCAAGCUCUGGGCAGUCCUCGCUGGGCUUAGAGACGUAUUGGGGAGAGACACAUUCCCCGACCCUUUACCUGGCCCUGAGGUAAGCGUUCGGAUGACGAGGAACACCCACGUCGACGAAGCACGACUUACCAGCGUCGCAUUCGCGGCCCAGCUCGUACCCGUGGUGGUUGCACUUCAAGAAGCGACUAUGACCAGCUCCAGGAUCAGGAAGGAGAUAGACGAGGGUGUCCAGUCGAGUAAAGACAUGGUGAAAGAUGCGCGCGAGCUGUCGAAGAAAGAGGCGGAGCGUUGGGAACAACAGAAGAAAGAUAUUGCGAGUGCAGCGAAGGGCGGCAAGGAGGCGACGUUGAAGGCUGCACGGCAAGAACACAAGCAACACCUUCAGAAGCUCGACGGUAUGACUAAGAUCCUAUCGCACGCUUAUACUCCUCGAUCUGGGUAUUUGGGGCAGGAUGCUGAGGGGAGAACUUACUGGGCUUUGUCCCCUGGCAUGCCGGAGCGGGAAGAAGCACUGGCAUUCCUUGAGGCUUGCAAAGAGGUGGAAGGCAAGGGGAAGAAGGCGAAAGGGAGAAGGAGUGCGCCGAGCGUCGCCAAUGGUGAGGAGCUGGAAGACUGGUCUUGGUUCGUCGCGGUGUGGGGUAGUGAGCCGCGAAAUGCUGGUGCAAAGUCCAAGCCCGACGAUGAGGAGGAUGCUUGGUGGGGUAUCUGGGAGCCGGCUGAAAUUCGCAAGCUAUCGCAGUGGCUCACUAGCAAGUAUCGACUCGACGAAGAGGAUGAGACCCCUGCUGCCAAAGAUAGUUGGUGGGCUCAAGAGGGUCAGAAGACCAUCAGAACCAAUUCUUUGCCUUCAAAACAUGAGCUUGAGUCGCUCGUCAAAGGACUGGACGAGUACGCUACCGUUCUGCAGUGGCGAAUAGAGAAAGCUCGCGACGAAGCUUGA